AUUAGUUAAUCAAUUGGCAUCAAUUUUUGGAUAUUUUCCUUGUAUGCUAAGCGCUUAGUAAAAUGCAGUGAUUUUGGCAUGUACAUUACAACCUAGAGAAGGGACUUUUGAAAUGCACAUUCCCUUUAAACAACUUAAGUUGAAUUAUCGGUUGUACAAAUAAAAUGUUCAGUUCAAUGAAUUCAAUUGGCUUUGUGCCUCCGCACAAUGCAUGCAUUAUAAACCCUAUAUAUAUAACUGUAACUGUUUGAAGCACACUCACUAAGUACUGUACUGCACACCAGCUGUAUCAAGAAACUAAGAAAAAUCUAAAUCUUGAGAUAAAAAUGCAGAAAAAAUUCAAAUUGACGUAUUUCUCAGUCAGAGCUAGGGGUGAACUGAUACGACUGCUGUUUCAUUAUGCUGGAAAAGAAUUUGAAGAUGUUAGAGUAGAAUUUGCAGAAUGGCCAGCACUGCAGCCAAAUACCCCUUACUUGUCCCUCCCUAUAUUGGAACAUGGAGGUGUUGUGGUAGGACAGAGUACCAGCAUUGCUAGAUAUGUGGCCAAGGAACUAGGUCUUGCCGGUAGAACAACACUAGAACAAGCCCUCACAGAUGGUAUUAUUGAUUCUAUAACAGACAUAUUCAAUGAGUUGGUAAAAUUUGCCUUUGAAAAAGAUGAAACCAAAAAGGAAGAACUUAAGACUAAGUACAUAGAGGAAACUCUCCCUAAGUGGUGUGGACUUAUUGAGAAGCAAUUGGAAACAAAAGUCAAUGGUAAUGGUACCUGGCUGGUUGGAGAUCAAAUAAGCUGGGCAGACAUUGGUGUGUUCAACUUUCUCAACUGUAUGGAACUCAUGAAACUAGACAAUGGCCUCAGUCAGUACCCUAACUUAAAUGCCCUUAAAGAAAGAGUAGAAGCUUCAGGUGGAAUCAGCAAAUACAUCAGUGAGCGACCAGAAACUGAAAUAUAAUGACAAGAGAAGGACUCUCCCU